AUGGCGUUUCUCUCCAUUGUGGUCUUUCUUGGAGUUAUCUGUUGCUCGACUACGUCUGCAUCGUUCACCUCUACAGCAACAAAGUUUGCCAAGGCAACCAUGGUGCCAAACACCCUCCUUGGUGCCUACUCGCGUUCCAGUACUGUCGCCUCCUUAUCACUGCUGGAACAAGAAAAACUGGCGGAAGCCAAGGAAUCUCUUGCUCAGUCAGCCCUGACCUUGGCUCUGUUGGACGUUGGAGGAGGAGCAGUUCUGCCCGUCGCAGAAGAAAUCACAAAUUACGUCAAAACCCAUCGAGAUUUUGCAGGCACCAGAGAAGCAUGGCGAACUUACAAUGGUCUUGUAUCUGACGAAGCUGCCAAGGCAGGAAGUGAGGUGGUCGACAAACAAGCUAUCCGGGGAGCAAAACAAGCAUUAAAGAAAGCGCUGAAAGCCGAUGUCAGUAAGUUUUCGCGUACAAGUAAAGUUGGUAAAGCUUUUGCCAAAGCGAGUAAGUGGUUGAAGGGAGCAUCGGUUUUUGAUGUUCUCGGACCAAUCACCGAUACCCUAUCAAUUGGUCUGAACAUCUGGGGUCUGGAGAUGGCCAUCAGAGAUAAUAAUCCUGCUGGCAUCGCUGCCGCUUCCUUGAGUAUCGCUGCUGGCGUUGUCGGCCUCACGACUUUCUUUGCUGCGAUAAUAACGGGUUCAACAAUCCUUGGACCAAUUGGGGCCAUUGCUGGGGCGCUUAUUGGAAUUGCCGCUACCCUCAUCGAACUUUUUGGCGGGCCAGGCUACGACGUGGAAGCAGUCGAGGCACAUAGGGAUCGGCUUCGACAGCUGAGGAGGCUGAGGGACGCCUGCGGUGCUCAAAUCGUCACGCGGAUGGACUUCUUAGAGAAGACAGGCACGCUUUUCACCGAUGUUUAUGCCAACAAUCAGGCAUCUUUGCUGUACAGCGUUCGUAGUGGGCAAUUAAAGAUGUACGAUUGUUAUCAUAGGCGUCGCGGGUUAUACAGGAACCCCGGCUGCGACGAAUUGCAAUAUGAUAGCUCUUUACACCUUCGUAAAUAUGUAGGGCCUAAGUUAUCGCCACAUAACUCAGUUGAUACAGCAGCGGAAGAGUUACGAAAUGUGUCAAAUGUUUGUAUGGGUAAAUAUCGUGGAAUAGUUAGUCCAUAUAUGCCUUUAGAGGAGAGUUCUACGGGCUGGGGCAAAACUAUUGAUUUCAUCGGCUUUGAUUUCUAUGGAAGAUUUAAAAGCGGCACAUCCUAUGGUGGUGCGUUUGUUUUCAUUAAUACGAGCUUUGUUUCAGGGGAAAUUUUAAACGGUAUUGAUAUCGAUACUUAUAUACCAAACGAUGACGUAGAGCAAAAUGACGUUAUCAGUAUUGACGAAUACCGAAAUUUUCGUUUAAAUCAGGAGAUUAAAAUUCAGACUGGAAGUGGAACAGAUUGUUUGAACAUUAACGGUAUGAUAGGAGAGUUUAAUAGCAGUUACGUUGAUAAGUUAAAGGUUGUUUUGGGAGGUGGACUAUUUAAUGUACUCUCUUUUCAAGGAAUUUCAAAAGACAGAAAAGAUAUAAAAGGAGUCUUUUUUGACUCUAAAGAAGGUAUUUUGAAAUAUUAUCACGGACAAAAUAGGAACACACACCAACUUGGGACAGUCGAGAAUGUUUGGCUAUUUAAAGGGUCGCCAUUUGAUGAUCACGUGAUACUUUAUACUACUCACCACAUUGACAAUCCCACAUUCAGAGUAAUCCAAACAUCCGGACGAAAUGUCUAUGAAUUUAAUUUUGAUGACUUGACUGACUCAAAUUUUUACUCCCGAAAAUUCCAGAUCGUUGAUGAAAGUGACCAUCCUCCAAAGAUAAUUAUGAGAACCGCACAUGCUAACAAACUUGAUCGCAAGUAUAUGAUUUUAGAAUACAAAAGACUAACUGUUUAUGAUAAAUCGACUGGCAGACCUGUGUUAGAAAUUGAAUUGGAUACAAAAAAUACAGGGAACGUGUUCAUUAACGAUGCAGACCCUAUCCCACUUGAUCACGCACACAUAUCUCCGUGGCCUCACAGGCUAAACGCGAACAUAAAAUCCUUAAGUUUCCCUCCUUUUCCAAGCAACCUUCACUUCGGAGAUGGUAAUGAGCUUUUACUUUUGAAGUGGCGAACUAAUCAUGACCAAAAUUCCGCUGACCUUGUGAUUGACAUGAAGGGUGGGGAAAACUUCUUAAUCAUCAGCGACAAAUAUUUUCUUGAUCCUUGUGGUGUUGAUGGUGAAACAGUAACCCUCACUUUGAAAGCGGGGUCAGUGACAGGGGCAUAUACAAUUUCCAUUGAAAACACUGAUGAUGCAAAUUUUUCUUUCAAUAUUGAACUACGAAAUAUGUACAAGAUAAUUAACGAGUAUGGUAACCAACUGGUUUACAUGCGGAGUUAUGAGGAUUAUUCUCCUCCUGUCCCGAUGGACCUCUAUGAUAAGUACAUGGAAGUAACCCGUGAGACGCUAGAUAUUAAGACCACUGAAAAUGUCCUGGAAGAAGAUUAA